UUCCAAAUAAAUAAUCAAUUAAUCAUUCACAAUUCACAGCCUUACACCCAGAGACAGAGUAGAAAGUUUUUCUACAAAAUAUAAUCAAAAUGGUUUUUCCAAAACUAGUUAUCACCAUUGCAUUGAUAUUAGUCCUUUUCCUCUUCAUAUGUGAAUCUCAGGGUGCAUCUUAUGCUUCUGCUUCACAUAAUGCUGGUCAUGGUGCUGACAUUAAUACAUCACUUGCACAUCAGAAAGUUAAUCUAUCAGUGUAUUAUGAUAGUCUUUGCAAAACUUGUGCAAAAUUCAUUAUUGAGGAUCUGAGGGAUAUCUUUGGCAACAACCUCAUCAGCAUUGUCAAUCUUCAGCUAGUGCCUUGGGCCAAUGCUUACGUCAAUAAUACCAACAAAUCCAUAUCAUGUCAGAAUGGACCAGAUGAAUGCGAGCUAAAUUCAUUGGAAUCAUGUGCCCUUAAUCUUUGGUCUAAAGUGGACAUACAAUAUCAAUUUGUUAACUGCUUUGAGUUUCUGGCAAUUAAAGGAACGAUUAAGGAAUGGAAGGAAGAAUGUUUAAACCAAUUGGGUUUGCCUAAGGAGCCUUUUCUGAAUUGCUUCAACAUGGGAAAUGGAACAGAGCUAGGGAAAACAUAUAUUAAUCAAAUCGCACAACUUGACCCACCUCCUUCAUUUGUGCCAUGGGUGGUGGUGAAUAAUCAGCCUGUUGAAAAAGACUAUGCAAAUUUUGCACAUUAUGUUUGCAAGGCUUACAGAGGCGUUGUGGUUCCAGGGGUCUGCAAUACUCUUUUGAAAUGAAUUCUAGUGAGAAAUAAAUUCAACUAUUCAAUAAUAGCAAAAAGAUGCAUAAAUGAAAUGUUAAAUCUAUCAUAGUUUAUAAGAUUCCUUGUUGAAUGCAAACAAAGAAAAAUAAUUAGACAGUCUACAUUUUGCAUUAUUAAACUUGCACUGCCAAAUGCAAUGUUACUCCAGAUCCAUUCUCCUUCUA